AUGUGGUCCGGUCUCAUCCGCCGCUUCUCCUCCGAUAUUCCCGAGUCCUACCCUCAUGACGGCUAUUCGCGGGAGCCAUCACACCUCGCCCACGCGCAUACUGAGCCUGCUGGCGGGGCCGCUUUCAGGGACGGCGUCAACGGCGUCUUCGUCCCCUCCAACAUCAAGCGCACCGCGAGCCCAUUCCGCCCCCCGCCCCUCGAUCCAAUUAUCCUACACGGCUUCAAAGACAGCACCCCGCCGAGCGCUCGGUUGCUGAGCCAUGGCGUGGCCGAGGAGAUCCGCAUCAUGCUGCCUGAGAGGUUGCGGAUCAUGGAGGAUUGGAAGUUGAUCUACAGCCUGGAACAGGACGGCGCCAGUCUGACGACGCUGUACCAGAAGGCAGCCGACUACCAGGGUCAACGUGUCGGCUUUGUGCUAGUUGUGAGGGACGAUGCCGGAGGCACUUUCGGCGCCUACCUCUCCGAAUACCCACACCCAGCGCCCAAGUACUUCGGCAAUGGCGAGUGCUUCCUCUGGCGAGCCUCCACCCUCACCCCCCUCCCGCCGCCGCCAUCCGCCGACACGACGAACCUCACGCGCAUCACCACCGUGGCGAGCCCGACCCGCUCUACCUUUGCCGAUAGCGACAGGCUGACGGCGUCCCCGGCCCCGAGCGAGUCCAUCCGCUUCAAGGCAUUCCCCUACUCGGGCGUCAACGACUACUACAUCAACUGCGAGACGGGCUUCUUAAGCGUCGGCGCCGGCGACGGCCACUACGGCCUGUGGCUCGACGACAGCCUCGACCGCGGCCACAGUGGACGCAGCCAGACUUUUGGCAACGAGCCCUUGAGCGACGAGGGGGAGAAGUUUGGCGUGCUGGGCGUCGAGCUAUGGGUGCUCGGGUCUCAGAGGUGA